CUUACCUUUUAUUACCUUGUUCUUGAUCUUUAAGCAUUAGAUAGAAGAAAGAUUCUCUCUGUGAGCUCGUCUCUUCCUUACUGUUCUUGUUCAAGAUGCCCACAGAUACAACCUAUCAAUGCGAUGCAUGGCUGAGUGAAGGUGAAGACAUGGAUCAUUCUUUGCCAGAAGCAGAAUUCUUGAUCCAAAUAUAUUCCCACAUUAUUCCUUUCGAUUCAACAGAAGCAGGUACCAGCAGUGCCGAUGUUACAAUCUUGAAAGAAUUUCGAGUGAAAAGGGAACAUCUAAUACAUGACACCACUUCUUGGUACACCAUAAUGACCAUGCUUUCAGAGAUGAACAUGCCUUUAUAUGUUCAUCCCAUAAUGAUACAGAAAAUAGCAGAAUGCGCUCAAGAAAGUCGAGACUUGGACCGAAAGGUUAUUCCUAUGGUUGUGCAUCUAAGGACUAUACAAUAUACAGGUACUGAUGAGGCUGGUGCUUUCCUGGAGUCUUUCAACUCGCAGGGCUUGAGGUUCGUUGGCGUUAGCAGGUCAGCGAUUGAAGCAUUAGAGAAGAUAAAAAUUAAUAAAGAUUCUUCGAAGCAAUGCGUGAUAUGCUUGGAAGACAUUUCGAUUGGGAUGGAAGCUACCCGCUUGCCUUGUUCGCACAUCUAUCAUGGAAGUUGCGUAAAAAAUUGGCUGGAGAAUAGUAAUCUUUGCCCACUCUGUAGGUUUCUGGUACCCAGUUGAGUCAAUUAAUUAGUAGUUUAGUACGAAUUUGGUUUUGGAUAGAACGUCAUGAGUAAUGUUAUUAGUUUCAUUCCUUUUGCUCCUUUUCUCCUACUGAUUCUUGAGAUAACUUGUACUUGGUGAAGAAUUUAAACAAGGAAUUACCAAAAAAAAAAUUUGAGCGUCUUUCAAGCACCCAUUGUUCUUAACUAGUUAAUCAGGCGUAUCAUAUAUGUGUAGCUUAGGGUUCACAUCAUCCUUUA